CAACAUGCGCUACAUCGCAACACAGGGGCCCAAGAAUGCUAAAGUGUGCACCAUUGCAGACUUCUGGAGGAUGGUGAUGGAGCAGCAAAUUAAUGUCAUCAUUAUGGUGGCCAAUUUUGUUGAGAAUGGCAAGAGGAAGGUUGGGGAAUACUAUACUCCUGGACAGACAUUGAACUUCAGUGGCCUUGAGGUGGUGGUGGACAACCAGGAGCACCUGCCUCAUUUCACUGUGUCAUCCAUCUCAGUGAGUUAG